GGUCUCGAAGAAUAAGCGACCAAACGCACAGUGUACAUCUUAGUGGUGUGUUUUCAACGCAGCAAAGUUUCCUCCUUGAAUCUUAAACUUUAAUUUUGAGGAAAAGGAAUUCAGGUUUAUUUUUGCAAGCAUGUCUAAGAGGGGAUUUGCACAACAACACUACGGUAGUCUCUCGUCUGAUGACUCAGAAGAAGAGAGUUAUGCUGGUUUUGGGACAAAGAAGAAACGCCUGGAAAGCACAGAUAAUGAGGAGAGAGGAGAAGAAGAGGAAGAAGAAGAAGAGGAUGAUGAUGAUGAUAGUGAGAGUGAUGAGAAUGACUGGAAUAAUACAAAUGCAGCAAAGUCACAGACCUCCGCUAUAAGCAAUGCGCCAAGCAAUAGCAACUACAGUGCUUUUGCCCAAAGGAUAAUGAAAAACAUGGGUUAUGAGGAAGGCAAAGGCUUGGGUAAAUACGGGCAAGGUCUUGUGGCUCCAGUUGAGGCCAGCAAACAGAGAGGACGUCGAGGUCUGGGUCUUCGUAUAGAAGGGCUUGAAGCGCAGGAUAAUCAAGAAUGGGAUAGUAGUGAAGAGUAUGUUGAAGUUAAUGAGGAAGUGCAUUGGUUACCACACUGUCCUGACGAUGUGCCUGACCUGGACACUCUUGGGUCAUGGUCGAGGGAAGGCAAGGAGAAAUUAACAAUAACAGAUGAGACGGAAUUCUGUAGCCCAAAGGUUUUGAAAGGCAUUCUGAGAGCAAAGACCAUAUUUGACCAGCUUGAUGCGAGGGAAUUACAGAGAAGCAGGUCGAGGAGUAAUCCUUUUGAGACCCUGGGAAAACUUUUCUUCCAAAACAGAGCAGCUUUGAAAAUGGCAAAUAUGGAUGCAGUUUUUGACUUCAUGUUCACAAGGCCUGUAGAUGAAACUGGGGAAUCAUUAGUUGGUCCUGAUGAGGUGCUAUACUUUGCUGAUGUGUGUGCUGCCCCAGGUGGUUUCUCAGAGUAUGUUCUCUGGAGAAGAAAAACAGAUUCAGAGAAUUUCUGUGAUGCUAAAGGAUUCGGGUUUACCCUACGUGAAAAUGACUUCAAACUCCAUGAUUUCUUUGCAGCCCCAGCUGAGUUCUUUGAACCACAUUAUGGUAUUAAUGGUCGAGAUGGUGAUGGAGAUGUGUUUCAGCCAACCAACAUUUCAAACUUUGUAAAUUUCGUCCGCAAGAGUUCGGGAGGCCAGGGAGUCCACUUCAUGAUGGCUGAUGGAGGUUUCAGUGUGGAGGGCCAGGAAAACAUACAGGAAAUAUUGUCCAAACAGCUGUACCUCUGUCAGUUCAUAGUUGCUUUGGGCAUUGUGAGAACUGAUGGGCAUUUUGUGUGUAAAUUGUUUGAUGUAUUUACAUCAUUCAGUGUUGGCCUCAUAUAUUUUGCCGUUUUUAAAUACGUCAGCCUCCACAAACCUAACACCAGUCGACCUGCAAACUCAGAAAGGUAUAUUAUUUGUAAAUGGAAGAGAGAAGGAAUAGAAGAUGUAUAUGAGUACCUCUUUGAAAUGAACCAAAGAAUUGCUGGCCUAAAAUCUACAGGUAUUGAUGUUCUGGAACUAGUACCUCUUGAACAUUUAAAGAGUGAUAAAGAUUUCACUGAGUACAUCAUCAAUUCUAAUAAUACCAUAGGUUUCAGACAGAUAGUAAGUUUACGCAAAAUACAAGUGUAUUGUCAAGACACCCAGUUGAUUGAACCGCGACAAGCAGAGCUUCGUUCACAGUGUCUGGAACUUUGGCAGCUCCCAGAUAGAACAAGAACAGCUCCACAGCGCUCUGAAGCCAAGGUCAAAUUCAUGGAACUCUUGAAUGGUGAAAACCCAGAUUACAUGUGCCAUCCGCCUGAAGACCUCUCACUGGGCAACUUUAAGGAGAAACUCCGAAGUGCCUAUGAUUACCGCUGCAUGAUCCUAGCCUCGACCCGAGAUGGAAGGAAAGAUAGAGCCUUUUAUCUGGGACUUGGUGGUUGCAAUGUGUUCCGAUGGGAGGGUAGGGCAGUUAGUUCCUGGAUGCGUGUGGACACAAAAUUGGAACUCCCACCCAAUACCCUGGUUUAUGCAGAGUUGGUUGUGGAACACCGAGGGGAACACAAAGCACAGCGCAAACUAACGACAUUCCAUUUGAUAGAUGGAAUAGUACUCAAUGGGAAGGAUAUCAGAAACUUACAUAUUGUUGAAAGACACAACUACUUAAGAAAAUUUGCUCUUGGUCUCAAUAAACCAAGCAGACCAGACCUGGCACCCAUAAGAUGCAAACAGCUGUACAAGUUAGAAGACCUUGGGGAUGUCUUGGCUCCUCCCAGACUGCACCAUAGGUUGAUGAAAGGAGGAUCUCUACCCAGAAGAGUAUACCUUGAAGUGGAAGGUGACUCAGACAGGGAAUCGUAUUACACCAUUCCCACAGCACUGCUUCUGGUCAAAUCUACCAAAGAACCUUGGAUGAUGGCAUUCAGUAAGAGUCAAAACAAGAAGUAUUGGUUUAAUACAUUGACAAGACACUCUACCUUUGAAUGUCAGCAGGAAUUCAUAGCACCAUUUAGUUCUUCAUACAGUGGGAGCCUGAUAUGGUGGUGGGACAACAGUGUUCAGGUUCUCAGCAAUGACGAACCAGCCAAAGGCCGGCUCCACCGUGAUGACCUGCUCUCCCACCUUAUCAGAGUGCGCUAAAUGCCCUUGCACAGCUUAUAAUCAAUUAGCCCUGUACUUUAAUUUUUGUGUGGGAAGUUUCUGUGAAAUUUCUUAUUUGAAUUGUGGAGAUUACUCAAAAAAAUGAGAUAGUGGGUGAAGUUUCAUUUGAAUUGUAUCUUGCCAUUUUUCUAUGGAGAAAAUGUAGGUAGGUUAUAAUGUUUUGGAGGUACUCCAUUUUGUUUUAGAUUUUUAUGUCUGAUUUUGAUAUCAAAAUCUCAAGAGUGAGGAUUGAGAUGUUUUAUUAAUGUACAGUCAGAGACACAGCUAUCGUCCAGAUUUUGGCAACAGCAUAAUGGAAAGAUUGAGAUCAUUUAUAUGUCUGUGAUAUGUUUACAAGCAGCAGACAUUACUGUUCACUGGGCAUAGUUAUAACUUGGGCAGAUUUCAGCCAUUCAUUUAUUACCACAUGUAGGCUGAGCUUGUCAGGUCUGUGAACAUUAUUUCUUUCAUUGUUUCAUCCUGUCAGGAUGUUCUGCUUAUAUUAUGUGUUUAAUGUAGUACAGCCAGUAAAGGCAAAGUAAAGUGCAGGCGUAGAACAGAUGCCUAUCUAUAGUUCACACAAACUUCUAUCACCAUACCACCAACAUAAAUGAAUACCAAAUAUUAAUCUUAUUUUGUAAAACUAUCAAGUGGUAAUGUAACGCAUAAUGUAAACUGCUGGUUACUGUUGUUUCAUCUUUAUAUGCUUUUUAGAUUCAUGAAGGCCCCUGAAAAUAUGCUGUUCCAUACCAAAUAUUGUUCAGUAGUCCAGUUUCUGAAUCAUGAAUACUGAUUAUACUCACAUAUUUUAAAGCAUUACCAGAAUGGAAUCCCAAGUCUCCAGCUAAUCAUGCAUAUCAACUAAGCUUAUAUUGUUAUUGAGUAUUAUAAUGUUUUGAUAACUUUAAGUCAAGAAAAAAGAUAGUUGUGUUUCAACUGUACAUAAAAAAAUGUUUUACUGUACUGUGUAACUGGUUUGUCUUAAAACAAGUGAAACUUGAAAAACUUGUGCACUGUUUACCAUUUCUUUUAUAAUUUUAUUUAUUCAAACAUUAAAUCCUCCAUGAUAAUGUAGACUGGUAACCCUCCACAUUAUAUACUUCUAUGCCAUUCAACCAAGAUGUUUCAUUGGCAAUGCCUGAUUCAGAUUGGAUACUUCCCAGUUCAACCAGUGCACCAGGUACUAACAUGGCUCAAAGUUCAAAGGUGCUAGUGUUUAGGAAGCUCAUGAACCUAAGAAACAUUUGCAGUGUUGAAAGUAUGUGCAUGGCAAGCUUUCCCUAUAAUUACAUUUUAACACAAGUCAUUCAGCAUGUUUUGUGGUAAAUGAAAGCUGCUUUCAAGUGAACAAAGGUUGUGAAAGCUUUUGUAAACAAUUUAUGGUUAUCAUUAUUCCUACUUAAAUUAUUGAAAUGCAUUAUUUUUAUCUGGGAAAGUUGAUAAUAGCAUGAAAAUGAUAUUUGUUUACAUAAGAAUCCUGUUGAAUGGCUAGAAUAAAUAAAUUUAUGAAGUUAAGUAACUGUCAAUCAAGUUCAGAAAUUGUUUGUGGAGAAAUGAGUACUAUCUUUCUUUUUUCCCUUCUCUCUCUCUCUCUCUCUCUCUCUCUCUCUCUCUCUCAUGCACAAACAAACAUAUAUAAACACACACACAUCCAUAAACACUGCUUCCUGCAGAACAGAAUAAAGCCUAGCACUACUGGGUUCAUGCUAUAUCAAACAAGUAUUACAUGGUUGCAUGUUAAAGGAGGAUCUAGUGCAUUUUAUUUUAAUAAUUAUUUUACACUGUUGACAGUAUUUAAACCCCACAGUAUUUUAUUUGUUUACAUUGGGCUGUAUGAGAUCAGUCUUUGGAAUAUAUUUAAAACAUUCCAAGUUCUUCAAGAUUUCCGUAAGUAGUUUUUGGAAAAGUUCCACAUAAGAACUUAUUUACCAGUUGUAAAGUGCCUACAAUCAGUUUAAUAGAGAAUGGCAUUUAUGUUCAUUUAUUUUGAUAAUCUGUGAUGAAAUAUGUUAAAUCUUUUAACUAGGUGAUUAGUACAAAUUUUUAUGGGAAAAAUAUCUACACCUAGGCCAUACAUUAAUUAUUGGACAUGAUUUUUUUCUUUGUAAAAUGAAGUCGUAAAGACUGUUAAGCUAAUUUUUACACACAGAUGUGUGCUAUGAUGAAAAUAGCACAGUGUAAGACAUGUGUAUUGAUAUGAAGCACUGUUUAAGGAUGCAUAAAAUUUCUUACCUGGAA